AUGCAGGGUAGUGAGGUAUUUAAACAAAUUGAAAAUGCUGCUCUACGAGGAGUGAAGAUUAGAAUAGCUCAAAACUCUGCAGGUCAAUUUGGGCCUCUUGAUGAUUUAGAAUUUUUACAAAGAAAGGGUUUUUUAAUUCUAAUUUGUUACAAACAAUUUUUUAAAUUUUUAGGUUUAGUUACUGUUCAAAUUCUAAAUUUUACAAAACUUUUUGGAAGUGGAAUUUUGCAUAGCAAACUUUGGAUUGUUGACAAUCAACAUUUUUAUUUAGGUUCUGCUAAUAUGGAUUGGCAAUCAUUAACAGAAGUUAAAGAAUUGGGAAUUUUAAUGAAAAAUUGUUCCUGUCUAGCUUGGGAAUUUAACAAAAUUUUUAGUGUUUAUUGGCGUGUUGGGCAAGAACAAAAAAUUCCUUCUGUAUGGCCAGUUUCUUUACAAACAAAGUUUAAUUUAAACCAUCCACUUCAAUUACGUUUUAAUUCAUCAAUGCCUGCAAAUGUUUUUGUCAGUCAUUCACCUAGUGUAUUAAAUCCAAAAGGAAGAGAACACGAUUUAAUGGCAAUAAUUGGUUUAAUGAAUAAAGCAAAACAAAAAAUAAAAAUUGCUGUGAUGGAUUAUUUACCAAUAACUUUAUUUAUGAAAGAAAAUAAUACUUUUUGGCCAGCAAUAGAUGAUGCUAUAAGAACAGCGGCAUUUAGAGGUGUUCAUGUACAAAUGCUUAUUAGUAUAUGGCCUCAUUCUAAAAAAGAAGCUAUUCCUUAUUUGCGUUCUUUAUUACAAAUUAAUGAAGCAUUACCAAAGAGAGGGAGUAUUUCUAUUAAAUUUUUUCGUGUUCCAGUCAGUCCAGAACAGGCCAAACUUAAAUUUGCUCGUGUUAAUCACAACAAAUAUAUGGUGACGGACGGAGCUGCUUGGAUUGGUUUUUUAAAUUUAAUUUUGUUAUUAAAAUAA